AUGACGACGCAAGAAGAGACCUUACGCCCAGCCUUUGCUGGCCGUGAAGAACCUCGAAUCUCGUAUGGGAUCGCAUUCCCUGAAGCUGCAGCUCGGCAUACUAAGCAGCUCUUCCACGCUUCCAAGGUGUAUGUGAUUUGCUCGGGGUCUCUGGCUCGCAAUACAGAUGCCCUGGACAGACUGAAAGCUGCUCUAGGUGAGGAGAAGAAAGUGGUUGGCGUACGCAUUGGCAUGAAACCUCAUACUCUGUGGUCUGAGGUGGUGGAGAUUGCCAAUGAAGCUCGAGAUGCUGGUGCCGAUUUGCUUGUGACUCUAGGUGCUGGCACUUUGACAGAUGCGGCCAAGAUAGUUUCUUUUGCUCUCGCCAACGACGUUUCCACGUUGGAAGGAAUAAAUACCCUGACCGACGAAGGAAGAGCAUCUAGCAAAGAAGCAACAAAGGGCUCCAAAGUGCCUAUCAUCAGCAUCCCAACAUCGCUCUCCGCCGGUGAAUACUCCGACUUUGCAGGCGGCACAAACGACCAGACGCAUCGCAAGCACAGUUUCCAAGCGCCCCUACUGGGCCCGCGCUUGAUCAUUCUCGAUCCGAAAUUGACUGCUACUACGCCCGAUUCGAUAUGGCUGAGUACGGGGAUUCGGGCGGUGGAUCAUUGUGUUGAGAUUCUUUGCUCGAAUGUUUACUAUGAGGAGACUGACCAAUACGCUGUGAAGGCGUUGGGGAUGCUGGUAUCCGGGCUUUUGAGGUGUAAGCAGAAUCGAAAUGAUUUUGCUGCUCGUUUGGAUUGUCAGUUGGGUUCGGUCGAGGCCAUGGCGGCUUGUACACACGUUAAAAAGAUCGUUCAGGUAGGUGCUAGCCAUGGUAUAGGACAUCAGCUUGGUCCGCUUGGAGUCGGCCACGGAGAGACAAGUUGCAUCUUGCUCCCAGCCGUGUGCAGAUUCAACGCAGCCAAAGGAGCCAAUGUGGCGCGACAGGAACAACUCUACAAAUUCCUUACUGAACAGGAAACUGUCCGCGACGUGAUGAGCAAAUAUGGGACCGACCCAGGGUCGUCGGAUCUAGCCGACCUUCUGGACGUGGUUAUCCGCGAGCUGGGCAUGCCUCGCUCGCUGAAGGCCGUCGGGGUUGGUCGCGACAAGUUGGAUGUGGUGGCGAAGAACAGCCUGGACGAUCGAUGCUGCAAGAGUAAUCCUGUGCCAUUGACGGAGAAAGAACAGGUUCUGGAGAUUUUGGAGAUGGUCGUUGGUGAAUGA